AUGUUACCACAUACCCUGCUAUACACCUUCUUCAUCGCAACAUCUUCAACAGCAUGGUUCCUACCACGCCCCAGCAUCCCCCGGCCCGCAACACCACAAAUCAUCGAACCCAUCGCACCAGCACCCAACCCAUAUCGGCCAGCCGACCGACCAGACCCAAACAAACCCGAAGCGACACCAGGGUUUCAAGCACCGAAACCGACUGGAGGCGUUGAAGUACCUGAUGUACCCCUCCCUGACGACAACUCGCAAGAUGAGACUGCAUCGAAAGUCUUGUCUAGGCCUUACGGGAACCCAGCGAAGACUUUGUCGCCGGCACAGGUGGCGGCUUCUCGCGCUGAUUCGGGGCCAACUGCAACUCCUACGACGGGGAUGACGGUGCCGGCUACGACUGGUGGCGCUAUGAGGAUCGAGGGUGUGGGAUUGCGGAUGCUGGGUGGUGUAGUCGGUUUGGCGAGUGCUGCUAUGAAGAUGAUAUGUGAGAUUGAUGGCUGA